CCUUUUAUGUAUUUUUCUUGCUUAAUGUUACUGCAGCUUUCUAUCCAGGAAAUGAGGAUUUGAACAGUGAUGGGGAGGUCAGCAAUGGUUGGAUUUGGGACAUAUUUUAUGGGCAGAACAAAUGGAACUUGUUGGCUCAGAAGUGGGUGGUGGAAGAAAGAGAGAAGUUAAAAGUGACUUCUAGGUUUAUGGAUGGACUAAAUUAUUGUGGUGCCACUGUUUAGACAGGGUAGAUGGGGGGAUGCAGGACUAAGAGGGGAAGAGAAAAGGUCCAUCUGGGUCACAUUAAAUUUGGCCAUGAUUGUGCAUCAGAUAGAUAAAAGCAAGAGAAGGAGGGAAGAAGUCAGAACACAGACCUCUGGGGAAAGCUCACAUGUAGAAAAGGGAUGGAAGAAGAGGCAUCAGAAAGAGAGGCAAAGAAGAGCAAUCUGAGGGGGAGAAAAAGAACCAGGAAAGUCAGAGAAACAAGGAAGAAGUUUCAGGAAAGUGGUAGUGGUCAACUAUGCAAACAAGACGGGAAGGAAGGUGAGGACUGAGAAAGGAUUUUUUAUGUGAGCAACAAGGUUAUUGGUAACCUCUGACAGAACAUUUUCAGCAGAGUGGAUAAGGUCUCUGCUGGAGUGCAAGUGAAUUGAAAAUAUAAGUGAGUGAGGGAAGUGCUUUAAACAAAUCUAAAGUGCUGUGUGUGUAAGGCAGUGUUGCUAUUUCUGUUGCCAUGGAAACAGAAACCUUUCAGGAGAACUAAAAGCCACUUAAAAUCCCUGACUCUAACCCAUUAUAUCCGCUUGUUCUCUUGAGAAAGAUAAUGACAAAAACCAGUCAUUAGAGGGGCAGGGCAAUUUUAGGUUUCUUCUUUUUAGAUGUAGCCCUUAACUGGAAAUCUUCCCCCUUCUUGAGAAGAGAUCUUGCACUGACAUCUAUACUGGCUUCUAAAAAGCACAGAUGACCUGCUACACUUCCUGACUUUCUUGCUAUUGGUUGGCACUGUUCAUAAAUAUAAUUUGCUGUUUCCCUUUUCUUUUAAAUGAGCAAUCCGAAUUACUUGGAGGAGAAAGGCAGAAGAGAUAGAGGCAGCAGAAGCCAGGGCAGCUGAAAGACAGAGAACUUCAGUCUGAACCAACAACAAGCAAAGUUAAAUUAUGGAUAUCCAAGGGAGUCUAUAGAAGGUCCAUGCAAGGUAUGGAGAGUUCCUCAACAGAGACAUUUUGACUAUUUAUCUGAACUAGAUAUCCCUUGAAUGUGCACACAAAAAGUGAAUGGCUCAUUUGAUAAGGGAAAACUUGGUUCUAAGAUGGCUGAAUAGGAACAGCUCCAGUCUGCAGCUCCCAGUGUGAGCAAUGAAGAAGAUGGGCGAUUUCUGCAUUUCCAACUGAGCAUGGAAAGAAAAUUUAUGUCCUUGCAUCCAUCCAUCUCCGUAUCAGAAAUGGAACCAAAUGGCACCUUCAGCAGUAACAACAACAGCAGAAACUGCACAAUUGAAAACUUCAAGAGAGAAUUUUUCCCAGUUGUAUAUCUGAUAAUAUUUGUCUGGGGAGUCUUGGGAAAUGGCUUGUCCAUAUAUGUUUUCCUGCAGCCUUAUAAGAAGUCCACAUCUGUGAAUGUUUUCAUGCUAAAUCUGGCCAUUUCAGAUCUCCUGUUCAUAAGCACACUUCCCUUCAGGGCUGACUAUUAUCUUAGAGGCUCCGACUGGAUAUUUGGAGACCUGGCCUGCAGGAUUAUGUCUUAUUCCUUGUAUGUCAACAUGUACAGCAGUAUUUAUUUCCUGACCGUGCUGAGUGUUGUGCGUUUCCUGGCAACUGUUCACCCCUUUCGGCUUCUGCAUGUCACCAGCAUCAGGAGUGCCUGGAUCCUAUGUGGGAUCAUAUGGAUCUUUACCAUGGCUUCCUCAGUAAUGCUCCUCAACAAUGGCUCUGAGCAGAAGGGCAGUGUCAUAUCAUGCUUAGAGCUGAAUCUCUACACAAUUACUAAGCUGCAGACCAUGAACUAUAUUGCCUUAGUGGUGGGCUUCCUGCUGCCGUUUUUCACACUCAGCGUCUGUUAUCUGCUGAUCAUUCGGGCUCUGUUAAAAGUGGAGGUCCCAGAAACGGGGCUGCGGGUUUCUCACAAGAAGGCACUGACCACCGUCAUCAUCACCUUGAUCAUCUUCUUCUUGUGUUUCUUGCCCUAUCACACACUGAGGACCCUUCACUUGGUGAAAUGGAAAGUGGAUAUAUGCGAAGACAGGCUGCAUAAAGCUGUGGUUAUCACACUGGCCUUGGCGGCAGCCAAUACAUGCUUCAAUCCUCUGCUCUAUUACUUUGCUGGGGAGAAUUUUAAGGACAGACUAAGGUCUGCACUCCGAAAAGGCCAUCCAUAGAAGGCAAAGACAAAGUGUGGUUUCCCUGUUAGUGUGUGAUUGAGAAAGGAAACAAAAGUAUAAGGAGUUCUUAGAUGAGACUUGUUCUUGUAUCAUUGUGUCCAUCUUCAUUCACGCAUAGUCUCCAAAUGACUUUGUAUUUACAUCAUUCCCAACAAAUGUUGAUUCUUAAUAUUUAGUUGACCAUGACUUUUGUUAAUAAGAACGACUUCAAAAAUUUUAUUCAGUAUAUUUUCAGUUGUUGAGUCUUAAUGAGGGAUACAGGAGGAAAAAUCCCUACUAGAGUCCUGUGGGCUGAAAUAUCAGACUGGGAAAAAAUGCAAAGCACAUUGGAUCCUACUUUUCUCCAGAUAUUGAACCAGAUAUCUGGCCCAUCAGGCUUUCUAAAUUCUUCAAAACAGCCACAACUUCCCCAGCUUCCCCAGCUCCCCUGCCCUCUUCAAUUCCCUGAGAUAUAGCCAACUAACGACGCUACUGGAAGCCCCAGAGCAGACAAGAAGCACAUCCUAAGAUUCAGGGAAAGAAGAGGAAGGCUGUCCUAUAACAAAGCAACUUCAAGUCCCAAGUAAGGACAGUGAGAGAAAAGAGGGGAGAAGGAUUGGAGCAAAAGAGAACUGGCGAUAAGUGGGGGAAGGAAUAAUUUCAUUUUGCACUGGGAGAGAGGUUCUAACACACUGAAGGCAACACUAUUUCUAUUGUUUCUCUCUUGCCAGGGUGUUAGGAAGGACAGGAAAAGUAGGAGGAGGCAUUGCCCUGGGAAAUGAAAGAAUUGUGUAUAGAAUGGAAGGGGGAGCAUCAAGGGCAUGUAUCUCAAAUUUUCUUUCUGUCCUUGCUGCAGUUCUUCUUCCCAUUAAUUCAUUGGGAUGGAAGCCAAAAAUAAAAGAGGUGCCUCUGAGGGUUAGGAUUGGGCACUCAAGGGAAGGAUAGAGUAGAGGGCAAAUUGCAAAAGUUGUUGCACUCCUGAAAUUCUAUUAACAUUUCGGCAGAACAUGAGCAGGGUGAUGCUGCCUUCCCUUUUGAGAUAGUAUAGAAAAACACUAGAUAGUGUGAGAGGUUCCUUUCUGUCCACUGAAACAAGACUAAGGGUACUACCAACUACUACCACCAUGACCACUGUACUGCCAACAAUUGAAUGCAGUCCCCCUGCAGGGCAGAUUAUGCCAGGCACUUUACAUUCAUUGAUCCCAUUUGACAUUCACACCAAAACUCUGAGUUCCAUGUUACAGCUGAAGAAAUUGAAGCUCAGAGAAAUUAAGAAGCUUUUUUAAGUUUACACAGCUAGUAAGAGUUUUAAAAAUCUCUGUGCAGAAGUGUAGGCUGGGUGCUCUCCCCACUGCUAUCCUUGUAAACUUCCAGGAAGAUUGGUUGAAAGUCUGAAUAAAGUCUCUCCUCUACUACCA